GCAGAGCAUUUGAUUGGAAGGCUUCUAUCACGGAGAGAAUGACCAGAGGGAUUGCAAAGAUUCAAACAAAAUCAGGGAACAUCAAGCAAAGGAAAAGAGCGGGCAUGAAGACGCUGAAAAGAGGCGAGGCACGGAAAAGGUCAUAUGGGCAUCAAGGCAGGAAGAACUUUCCAUUUUCGAGCAGGGAAAGCCGUAGUCUCGGGAAGAGCCCCAGAGUUGUUGGAAAGAAGCUGCGCCUCCAAUCCAGGCUCCUGCAGGUUGAGGUGAUGGAAGCCGAAUUGGCAAAGAUGAAAGUGCUGAUGAGGGACUCGGCUGAGUCGCUAAUGGCAGCAAGAGAAGCAGCCGAUCUGUCCGACUCAGAAUUCGCACUGCUCAUCAGGAGAAGAAAUGAGCUGGUGGAUAACCUGAUUAGGAGAAAAAAUGAGCUUUUGACAAUGAAGGGAAUUGAAGCUUUCCUGAUGCUUAAGCUGGGUUUCCUUUGGAUCGGAGAAUGAGUGAAUUAACCUUAUUUUAAAAUGUACUUCAGCUUGACGUAUAAAAUUAAUAACUGCCGGAGUGCCAGAGACUUGACUUGUCUUUCAUGAAAUCUGUGUUUGCUUUUGCUGCUGUAUCAUAGUAUGCCAAAUUUCUAAAGUUUAGGCAUUGACAUA